AUGCACUUCUCCAAGACUCUUCUCAGCCUUGCCGCCUCUGCUGCCGCCGUCAGCGCUGGUACCGUUACCUUCUGGACCCUGGACGACGUUCAGCGCACCGUCUACUUCACGCCCAGCCCCGGGUCCCCCGAAAUUGACCCUGUCACCGUCAGCAACGCGGAGAAGACGACCGUCACCUUCCCCGCCAACUACCAGGGCAACUUCAUCGCCGUUGAGGCCGGCAAGCCCAAGGCCGAUGGCAUGCUGGGCGAGGUCGCCUUUGGUGGUUAUGGCGGCAUGACCUACUUCGACGUCUCCGCCAUUGUCGUUCCCUCCGACACCAACAACAUCAAGCAGAUGUGGCCCUCUGGUCAGGCCACGCCCAUGUCCGGCUGCGAGGUCUUCCCGUGCAACAACGCCUACUACCUGCCGGAUGACGUUCAGACCAAGGUCACCAACUCCGUUGACCUGAUGACCUCUCUGGGAUCUGGCAGCACUGGCCUCUUCUAA